GCGCGGAAGCACCGGGAGCGCAUGGGGACCCUUAAAGGAGCCGCCGCUCCCGGUCCCGGUGCAUGGCAGAGCCCAACGGGGCUGGAAUGAGCAGGGCACAGCCAUGGCCGAGCGGACGGCACCGAGCACCGGGGGCAGCAUCACCCCCGUGCAGCAGAUGGUGGCGUCCGGGACCGGAGCCAUCCUCACCUCACUGUUCGUGACACCAUUGGAUGUGGUGAAGAUCAGGCUACAGGCACAGAGGACCCCGUUCUCCAAUGCCUGUCCACCCCACUGUGUGCCCUGGGCUCAGCACACCACAUGGAAGUGUUUCCUGUACUGCAAUGGGCUCAUGGACCACCUGUACGUGUGUCAGCACAGCACCGGCUGCAGCGCCUGGUACCGGAGCCCCACACGCUUCAAUGGGACACUGGAUGCCUUUGUGAAGAUCACCCGCUAUGAAGGCAUCAGGUCCCUAUGGAGCGGAUUGCCCCCCACCCUGGUUAUGGCUGUUCCUGCCACCGUCAUCUACUUCACCACAUACGACCAGCUCCGGGACCACCUGCAGACCCACAUGGGGAGCCGAGCGCCCCACAUCCCAUUGCUGGCAGGAGCCCUGGCCAGGCUGGGUGCAGUGACAGUCAUCAGCCCCCUGGAGCUCAUCCGCACCAAGAUCCAGUCGCGGCCGCUCAGCUACAGGCAGCUGCGGGUGUGCAUCCGGUCUGCGGUGGUGCAGGACGGGUGGUUGUCCCUAUGGAGGGGCUGGGGACCCACAGUGCUGCGGGAUGUGCCCUUCUCAGCUCUGUACUGGUUUAACUAUGAGCUGGUGAAGGACUGGCUCUGCAGGCAGCCCUGGCUGGAUGGGGCCUCCUUCAUGGUCAGCUUCACGUCUGGGGCCAUCUCUGGCACAGUGGCUGCGGUGCUGACACUGCCCUUUGACGUGGUGAAGACCCAGCGGCAGAUCGAGCUGGGGCACAGUGAGGGGCACCCAGUCACAGCAUCCAAACCUGCCUCCACCUGGCUCCUCAUGCAGCGGAUCCAUGCUGAGUCCGGUACCCGGGGGCUGUUUGCAGGGUUCCUGCCCCGUGUCAUUAAGGUGGCUCCUGCCUGUGCCAUCAUGAUCAGCACAUACGAGUUUGGUAAGAGCUUCUUCCAGAAGCUGAACCAGGAGCGGCUCCGGCGCCGGCUCUGAAUGGGGCUGGUGCCCUAUGGGAUGCUCCAGCCCUGCCCCAUGGGGAUGCUCCAGCCCUGCUCCGGUGCCCAUGG